UCUCAUCGCAUCAAUAUCUUGAGAUCUUUUGAGUUCGUGUGUGUAAAUUGGUUUUAAUCUCCCACCUCCACCAGGCUCGCAUCAGUCCCAACCAACUUUAUUUUUCCACAAUGGGAGGUUGUGCGAGCAAACCCAAGGGUAUGGAUCUCCACCCAAACGAGGUUCCUGCCACACCCACAGACAAGCCCCAACCCCAGGCAGCUGAGACCAUUUCCCAGGGAAAUAAUGAUGGAGGUGAGAGUGCAUCAACUACAUUGGUGGACCUGUCCGAGUCCAACGAACCUAAACAGGACGAAGCUGGUGGAGAUGUUGAGCCCGAGCCUGCCCCUGGAGUUCCUAAUUAUCAUAAAUCGACUACUCCCGAGCUUACACAUGUCGAAAAGGUCGAAGCCAUUGCCAAAGAAUCAGAGGACAACAUCCAGACCAAGGAGGGCCACCCUAGGACGACUAGUGCCGACGCUGCCAAAUCAGAUGCCACUCCAACUCCAACCUCUGAACACAAAACCAUGGCACCCGUUGAUGUAGCCAUCUAACCCAUACUUUUUUAUUUCUUUAUUUUUAUAUAUAUUCAACUCAUCCAUAUAUCCAUAUCAAUUCCAUCUAUCUUUCUAUUCA